AUGAUUAGUGUUAGUGAAGUCGAAGCGCUCUUCGAGCUAUUCAAGAUCAUCAGCAGUUCGUUGGACGACGAUGGGCUUAUUAGCAAGGAAGAGUUUCAGUUAGCUCUGUUUCAAAAUAAGAAGAAGAAAAACAUUUUUGCGGAUCGGAUCUUUGAUUUGUUUGAUGCUGAUAAGAAGGGAGUCAUUGAUUUUUCGGACUUUGUUCGAGCACUCAAUGUCUUCCAUCCAAAUGCAUCGCAAGAAGAAAAGAUGACAUUUGCAUUUAAACUUUAUAACAUCGACGGAACUGGAUUUAUCGAGCGUCAUGAGGUCAAGCAAAUGCUGGUUGUGCUUUUGAGUGAAUGUGAAAUGAAGCCAUCCGAUGCAACGAUCGAGGCAAUUCUCGAUAAGACUUUCAUGGACGCCGACACGAAUGGUGACGGAAAGAUAGAUAUGAAUGAAUGGAAGACCUUGGUGUACCGCAACCCGUCGGUGUUGAAAGUCAUGACCCUCCCAUACUUAAUGGACAUAACAACAGCUUUUCCGAGCUUCAUUUUCAACACCGAAGUCGACGAGGUUUCGACGUGGAUGGAGAAAACACACUCGGGUUAGGGUACUCGAUUUGUUUUUAAGCCAGACUAAAAAUUCUUUGAUCUGUUUAUUCGUUGACGUUAAGUGUAUCUACGAGAAGAAUGAAAUGCCUAAAUUGUUUCAC